UGAACAAGAAGACGAAGAAGACAAACAACAGCACAACAACAUUUCAAACUGCAACGUGGUUUUGCUGCCCUGCUGACUAGUGCAACGUUCUCAUUCAAUGUAAACUUUCAGUUCUGUAUAUUUCUAAACAACAACAACAACAAUGUAACUAACAACAAUAAAACAGUAAAACAACAACAACAAUAAAACAGUAAAACAACAACAGCAGCAACAACAAUAAUAGAAUUAUUAUCAUUAUUAAUAUUAUGUUAUGUUAUGUUAUGUUGCCCUAUCAUUAUGAAUUGAAUGAAACAUCGUCGUCUGCAUAAUAUGUUGCAAAUAAGUUUACCUUCAUUAUUAUUAUUAUUAUUAUUAUUAUUCAUAUUUUUGUUUUCCAUAUUCGCAUCAACGAUUAAAAGUGAAUUUGUUGACAACAACGAUGACGUCAUGAUGAUCAGAGUGAGCACCAUCAUUGCCCCACCAUACGUUUCACGCAAUGCAGAUGUCAACAACAACAAAAACAACAACAUCACAGUCAACGUUACUAACGCACAUGACAUUAACACGAUCAACAACAACAUAGACAUCAUCAACAACGAAUUCCACGUAAGCAGUGACGUCAUCGGUAGCAUCAACAACAUUAACAACGACAACGACAGCAACAACAACAGCAACAACAACAUUACUGAACCUAAACUAGUCGGUUUCUUGAUUGAUUAUUUGGAUGAAAUUGCAGAAAUUGCAAAUUUCCAAUACAACAUCAGUGAAGUAAAGGAUGGAAAGUAUGGAUACUUAAUCGAGGAUGUUGACAAUGAGAAUAUCCAACUAAACUGGACAGGACUCGUUGGAGAGCUUGUAAGAAAUGAAACAGACCUGGCCCUAGCACCACUUGUCGUGUGCUCAGACAGACUGACAGCCAUUGAUUUCACCCUACCAUUCGAUUCAUUCCAGGCCAUUGUCGUUUACAGGGAAUCGUUUUAUUGGGGCAGCAGCAGUAUAACCAGUAGUAUAAGUAGUAGUGGUAGUAUAAACAGCAGCGGCGAUAGCAGCAGCAGCAGCAAUAGUAGUAGCGGCGAUAGCCACAGUAGUAGUAGUAGUGGUAGUGGCAGCGCGAGUACAGACAGUAGUAAUUAUAGUGAUGGUAGUAGUGGGGCUGAUAGUAGUAUGAGUAGAAGUGGUAGUAGUAGUUUUGGUAAAAGUGGUAAGGAUGAUGAUGAGGUUGGCGGGAAGAUAACGUCUGUUGAAGACCUAAUCUAUAGAGAUAAGUACAAUUUCGGAGCAGUUAGGGAUGGGUCGAUAAUCAAGUACUUGUCAAAGUAUCGGUCGAACCACGUUCAGAACAGCCUCUUUAAGAUUUUAGACCGAAACCCGCUGCAACCGCCAACAGUCAAAAGUGGUCUAACUAGAGUCAUGUUAGACGCAAAUUACGCAUUUUUGGUUGAGGAACCUGCUGUCCGAUCUCUUCUUGGCGAGAAACCCUGCGAUUUCAAGUCUCUACCUACAAAUUUUUACAAGAGGCAUUACGCUCUUGCCACAAGAAAGAACUCUCCACUUCGUGACCGCAUAAACUCUGCCAUUUUGGAGAUAAUUGACAGUGGACGCCACGAUGAACUGGUGAAGAAAUGGUGGAAAGAUGAAUGUUCAGUCGCCCGUCUCAACGCGCAAACAAUGAUGAAAUGUUUUGUCUGUUUGUUUUUAACAAUUCUUACUUUGGUUUCGCUAAUGUAGUCACUGGCUAUUAAAAAUAGCGAAUGAUUGGUGGUUUUGAAAAAGCUAGUAUUAUCAUCUUGAUAUAAUGAUGAUGGUGAAGAUGAUGGUGAUCGUGAUGGUGAUAAUAAGGUUGGUGAUGACGACGAUGAAGAUGUGUAGAUAUAUGAUACUGUGCAAAUUACUAAACUUAUUCAAGGUCUGUAAAAGUGAUUACCUUUUAUAAAUUCACUUAUUAAAAAUAUUUCUUGUCAUUUAAAAUUUUUAUUUUUUUGUAAAAAAUUUAUAAUUAUAAAAAUAAGCUCCGUAGAAAAAUUUUUACUUUUUGCCAUGCGAUGAAACCAUGAAAUUUAUUAAAACCAGUUUUAAAUUUGUAAUAAUGAAAAAAGGCUAUGGUUCAAUAAAA